AUGGCCGUCGACACAGAGCGGCCAGAGCCACCGCAGGCGUCGUCGUCGCGGUCAUCGUCGCAGCCGUCCUCGCGAUCGUCGUCGUCGUCGUCUACGAUCGUCGUGCACAACCCCACCUCCACCUCCGCCUCUACCUCUAGCCCCGAUUCCAGCUCCACUCCUGUUCCGAGCUCCAGUGCGGACCCCGUACGAUCGAGGCCCUCGCCAGCUGCGAUCUCGACGACCGAGACGACGGCACGGACGGCGACGCGGACAACGGACCAUUCGGCUAGGGGCCCCCGAUCUCCAGUGUCGCCCCCGCACGGCCUCGCCAGUCCACCCGUGUCGGCUCCCCAUUCGCGUCAGUCCUCGUCCGGCGCAUCGUCUGUCAUUUACCACUCAUCCAAUCCAUCCGGAGCGUCGACUCCCUCCGCCGCAGCUACCAUCACGGAUCACUCGGUGGCCUCGAGUUCGAACCAAAUCAGUACAAGCACAAGCACAAGCACGAUUCAUCCCUCGCCCCUCUCCGCUUCAGCCUGUGCACUGACCUUCCCACCCGUCGGUUCGCAACCUGACCCGUCCUCCACGAGCUUCCCGACGUCAUCGACCGCCACCCCUCGUCUUGCUUCGACGAGUCAAUCGACCGGUAGAGCUGCACUCGGGUCCAUCAAGACUCGCGAGACGCUCAUGGCCACAGAGGAAGAUCUCGAGUCAUUGACCGUCACCACACCCGGGGCUCGUGCUCGCCACCCUUUCGACCGACGGCGCGACGAUGACGACGAGAACGAGGAAGGAGAAGAAGGCGACAACGAUGAAGGACGUUCCUCCGAACGAGGCAACGAGGGCGGCUACUUUCCCUCCACCUCUAGAGCGAGGUCUUCCACUUCAGGCGGAAUUGCACACGUGCCGCCCAGCCCGUCAUUCUCAGGAUCAGGUUCCUACGCGUCCGUCGUUUCUGGAAGUGCUCGAGCCAGGGCUGGACCACCCUCGACCCCGACCCCGACCCCGGGCGGCGGCUCCAAGACGAGAGCGACCUCGGCAGUGGGUCUCCCUCCCAUCUUGACUUCAGCGUCCCGCCGUACGACGGCUCGAUCCGUCUCACGAGCCCGACUUCGCGCUGGUGAUCGAGAUGAUGACCAUGAUGAUGAUGACGACGAUGACGAUCGACCAGGCCUGUUGCCGACCUCUUCGACACGAGCCGAGAGGCCCUUGAGUCCGGCCCCGAUGUCCAGGGAGGCCAUCUUGCUCGGUGAUCGUGAGGACGACGAAGUCAGCGUGCGGGAUCGAGGAGAGGAGUUGGUUCGCAAACGGAUGAAGGAGCGAGCUCGCGUCAAAAAGGUUCGUGAUCUCGCAGGAACUCCUGAACCGGGAUGCGCUAUCUGGACUUCAACAAAGCUGACAUCUCUGGGGGUACCCGCUCGUUGGCUACCACAGGAGGCCGAGAAAGCGGCCACUCGCAAACGAGAGAUCGAAAGGGCCGCGGCAAUGAGGAGGACGACAUCUUCGAGCUACUACGACCAAGGCGACUUUGAAGCUGGGCAGACGAUCGGGAUGGGCCUACCUUCUACCGCGACGGCUCACGCUGGUCCGAGUGGUGAUGAUUCGGCUCGAAAUCGUUCGGUGUCGCGACCGCCAGCCCGCGAGUUCACAGCAAGCUAUGCUUCCACUUCGGCAGCCCAGGGCGGACGGACUGUGACUGAGGGGCAUGGGGUAGGUCGAAGCUCCUCCAGGGCCCCUGCAAGCGGAGAAGAGGAGUGGGCCAAAGGGGUCGGUCGCGGCAACAUUGCGCCCUCGGAAGAAGGCGAGACAUGGUCGCCCAUGUUUCCCGGGCGACAACUGUCGCCACUUCGAGGGAUGUCCUACACGUCUUCCGCGCGUGGAGGACCUGUCGGUGAGGAACCAUCAAGCGAGCACACGGAAGAAGAAGUGGCAGAGGCCAGCACUGAAGACGGUGACGUGGACGGCGAGCAUGCACUGCGCGAUGCCUUUGAGGCCGAUGAGCAAACCGACGACGACGACGACAUCAACGAUGCCGAGGUCGAGUACACGCUGAAAGAUCGACAAGAUGUGGGUUUCGGUGAUGUGGCCUACCAUUUCAUUCUGGCUCUGAUUGGCGAUCUUCUUCUAUUCACCGCAGGCCAUCAACGUCGAGCAUCCGUUCGGCCUGCCCAUCUGGAAACCGGCUCUGUACAAGAAAGACCGCUCCAUCACUCGCAACGCAGAAAAGGCUCUGCACGAUGUACCCUCUUCGACCGUGGUCCGCCAUCUGGCUCCGGGCAAUUUGGUCUGGACACUCUUCUUUGGAACGGCUCUGUUCAUCGUCUGCACAUUGGUUGCGGGCAUGCUGUGGUGCGUCCCUUGGGGGGGUGGCAAGUACGGUCGCGUCGUCUGGGAGCUUGGUGGCUAUCUCUUUUGGCCGUUCGGCAAGUACGUCGAAGGAUGGACCGAUCAGUUCGACGACGAAACUAGCAAUGACAGUGAAGGCAGCGCUUCAGCCUCUGCUCACGAUCAUGACGACAUCGGUGAUGUGCUUGACGAAGAAGAGGAAAUAGAUCGUGCAUCUUUACGACGGGACCUCGAAAGCGCAGGAAGCACUUACGAUCGAAGCCGAAGUCAGACUAGGUCGGCAUCGUCACCUCCUGGUGGAUCUUCUCAGCGCCGCGCGUCAUCUUUCGGCAGUUCCCACUGCGGUGACGCGUCCGAGACGCAUUUGACCGUUCGCGGUGUGCCCAGCAGUGCCUCUCUUCGAGUGCCUGGCGAUUCUGCCGAGAACUCUCGGCUACUGGCCCCUGGUGGUCAGCAAUCUGGCUACGGUGCUACAGCUGCGACGCCGGCCGGCUCCCCGCGCGGUCGAGGUAUGCAACGUGCCUCGAGCGAAGACACGGUUGCCGCACCUUCUUGGCGACCUCACGACUUCAGCAAAGAUUCGUCCGAGUCCGCUCAUCGCGCCCUGCGCAUUCGUGCGUUGGGCCGCACCAUGUGGUGGGUGGCGUUCUACCUCAUCAUCGCGCCUCUCCUUCUGCUCGUCUGCGUACUGUGCUGGGGAUUGGUAUUCACGAUCCCGAUGGCCAAGUUGUUGUGGGUUCUACUGCGCCAUCUGAACAACGAGCCUUUGGCGCUCCACUUCCGCUCUCCGCCCAAGUACAACGCUUUCGCCGCAGCCGCACCGACUGAGAUCGAGUCGCGUUUCAGCAAUAACGCGGCGGCCCCGGGCUUGGAUCCUCACUCUGAUCAGUCUCAGCUAGGUCCACCGACGUUAGCCAACGACUCUGGCGUGCAAUACCCCUUGAUGGCCGGACAGCGAGCGCCCCCCGUCUCACGCAAGUCGGUCGCCGCGGCAAAACGCCACGGUCGACUCUUCGGACCCCACUCUACCGUCCUGCUCUGCACAUACCACGCAAUGGGCCUCCAAUACUACAAGUACACAAUUGAUGGAGUCAACAUCCUCUUCGUCAACCUUAUGUCACUCGUCUUCUUUGUCAUCCUGGACUACUUCUACGUCAGCCCGCGCGUGGCAGAACAUCACCUCGGCGGCGUUUUGGCCUUUAUCGCCUCGCCGGCUUGUAUGUUCGUACUGGCAUUGCUGAGUGUCAUCCCGUUAUCGUACUUUAUCGGCAUGGCUGUCGCGUCGAUCUCGGCGCAAAGUUCGAUUGGGAUGGGUGCUGUCAUCAACGCUUCGUUCGGAUCCAUUAUCGAGAUCAUCCUUUACUCGAUCGCGUUGACGCGCGCCAAGGGCGAGCUUGUCGAGGGCUCGAUCGUCGGCAGUAUUCUCGCGGGUGUCUUAUUGAUGCCUGGUGCAUCGAUGAUCGGUGGGGCGAUGCGUCGCAAGGAGCAGAAGUUCAACGCCCGCAGUGCCGGUGUGACGAGCACAAUGCUCAUCAUGGCCAUUAUCGGAAUCCUCACCCCGACGCUGUUCUACGAGAUCUACGGCAGCUUCCAGCUGACGUGUACCGAUUGCGAUCCUGAUCAUCGCUCCGGUACAUCCGAGUCGUGCCGAACUUGCUACUACGAGCAUAUCAAUCCUGCCGAUGACCCAUUUUACAAGUCGACGGUCAAGAUCCUGUCGUACUAUUGCGCCGUUCUCCUCGUCCUCGUAAGUUACGCGUGCGUAGAAUUUAUGUUGGCUGCCACAGCCUACUGAAUUCUGAUCACUUGCUUGGCACACAGUCAUACCUCAUCGGCCUUUGGUUCUCUCUGCGAACUCAUGCCUCGCAGAUUUGGCAAAAUGCUCAAAUCAAACACGAACCUCACUUGCCCCGGCCGGCGUCCGCCGCGCCUGGAUCCCACGCCCCCAAUGGUGAUCGCGCCUCCCUUCACAAGCGCAUCGUCCCGUCUCAACUUCUGCCUCGACAUCGCUCGAGUACGAUAGGGCGUGCGAGUGGUUCAUAUACCCCUUUGCAAGACUCGACACCCUUGGUCACCAGCACCAACCCCGAGGGUGGAGUCCCUCCCAUGGAGCUACCAGAAGGCAUGUCUGCCGACGAAUUUCAUCGCGCAUUCGAGUCCGUCGCCGCAACAGGUGUUGCUAUCGCUGCGCCUUCCCGUGUAGCGCAUCUACCUCUGGCUUCCGCAUCGGCCGGUCCAGGUGGCGCGCAAACGCAACGUUCGGCUUCGCAUGUACGAGAAGCGUCGGCCGCGAACACGAACAAAGGCGCAGCGGACCAUGAUGCGGGAGCCGGUGAAGGAGGUCACGAUGCGCCCAACUGGAGUCGUCUUAAGUCCGCAAGUGUCUUGUUGGGGUGCACGAUCCUUUACGCCUUGAUCGCAGGUGAGCACAUCUCCCAUUGGACGGGUGACGCGCAGGUCGUGCGAGUUUGCUGAUUUCUGCUGCAUCCUUGCGUCGGGUAGAAAUCCUUGUCGGCGUGGUUGACGUCGUGCUCGAGGGAUCAGGGAUUCCUGAGAAGUUCUUGGGUGUAACUCUGUUUGCCCUCGUGCCCAACACGACCGAGUUCAUGAACGCCAUCUCGUUCGCCAUCAACGGCAACAUCGCGCUCUCGUACGUUCCAAAACCCCGACUCUUGCCGAGAAGGCCGAUACUGUAUACUGAGCGUCUCGUCUGUCUUUGACCGCACAGGAUGGAGAUCGGUUCUGCCUAUGCCUUACAAGUAUGCCUCAUCCAAGCGCCGGCCAUGCUCGCGUUUUCGGCCUUCUACAGCAUCGGCAAAGAGACGCUCUUGCACCGAUCUUUCACGCUCGUGUUCCCGCGAUGGGACGUGAUCGCCAUCAUGUUCUCGGUGUUUCUCUUGACCUACACCUACAUCGAGGCCAGAGCCAAGUAAGUGGAUGUCCUUCAAGCCAUUGUUGGAAGCCGCUCUGCUGAUCGAUUGAAUGCUCCGCCUACAACAGCUAUUACCGCGGUUCCAUCUUGUGCCUGUCGUACCUGGUCUUGAUCGGCGGAUUCGCCUUCGCCCCCGCAGGUCGAGACAGUAAGUCGCAGCUAGGCGGAAUACACACUGGACAGUCGUGCUGAUCAGCCUUUGGCCUACUUGCGCAGCCUCAGAUAAUCCUGGACUGUGGAUGACCUCGGCUAACUUUGUUCAAGAGCUCUCUUUGCGCGAUCACGCCCUCGCCAUCUUCCGCGCCCUCUUCACCCGUUGA